AUGUAUGUCCGUCUUAUCGAGCGUAGUGAGCUAACAAUACGCAGUUUCGCCAUGGACGGUGCUGCUCGGUCGAUCAACUGGGGAGCUUGUCGUCAAGGUGUUUCGUCGACACUCCCACGGUUUGAUUCCUUGUCCCGAGAAAAUAGUGACCUGGUUCGAUCCUACCAGACUGUUCUGGACAACGACGAGACCUUCUCUCAGUACUUUUCGGAUCAGCCGUUGCAUAGUUAUGGGAUUGAGGCCAGUCUCCGUGAAGAGCUUGGAGUGGGUCCACCAUGUCUGCCAGACCCUGAGAAUCCUUCAGACGCCCGUCAGGCUAUGAUUAGCUGGGCUACUAUCUUUCGUGAGGGAGACUUCGAAAAGCAACCCGAGGGUGGCUAUAUCUGUCGUGUGCAAGGGAAGAUCAUUGAGAUCGAUGAGACCAUGCACAAGACGAUAAUGAUCAGCCGACGUGCCUUUCCCCCAGCUGCACAGACCUGGCCCAUUCCUGAUGACCUGGAAAGAGAACUUGAGCUAGGGCUUUCGAUUGAGGUGGACGUUGACAAAGAGAUCAAGUCUCAGAUCGAGUGUGUUGAGAGAUUGCAGAAACUCCAGCUUUCAUUGAAGAAGCGUCGUAAAGUCCUCGAGGGCAUUCGUGAUCCCAGCAGUGUUGAGAAAGUGGAGAGGCGCACCCCAGAGCCAUCCUAUGCAAAGCCCCCGACAUCGACACAAACCUUAACCUCGCCAAGCUUGACUGCGUCAAGCGGUCACGAUAUUGCCUGUGGUGAAGGCAAGAACACGUCGAACGCCCAUGAUCACUCGACGACGGAUAAGCACGACUCUAACGAUUCGAAUGAUCAACAUGACAACAAACGCGUAUCAACCCACGCGGUACAAAGCAUUAAGAAUGAACAGACAACCAAGGGUUUGAUACAACAAACAAGCCACGAGGUGAUCAGUAUUGCCGAUACAUGCAGCAGCACGCCUUCAACCCCCCCUGAACCUUCCAGUUUGCCCGCUAGUUCUCUCCCUGCCACGGUGCCGUCCACUGUCUUUACCCCAUCUGCUGCGUUCAUGCCGAUCAACCGACCAAUUGAACACAUCCCCUCCAAGCGUUUGCAAGGAAGCCAGCCCACUCAAGGUGGGACUAGCCAAACACCCAAACGAUUCAAAUCUGCACACCCGACUUCAGCAUCAGAUCUUGAAGUUCUCCAACACGGCCAACACCUGGCAAUGUGGAACGAGCAACAAAAUACAAGUUCACCAAGCCAGAAUACCACCACGGAGGGCAAGCCCCCGAAGGAGAAAAAGCGACGUGAGCGCAAUAAUUUCACAGAGUAUGAAAAGCAGCACGCCCCGCAAUGGAUCCGACAACAAAUCGACGCAGCUAUGGUCGGAACCGAGCUCGAACGAGCGUAUACCGCCCGCUUCGGCACCCACCAUCAGUUCUACACUCUGAAGGCGUUCGUCGACCGGAUGGAACGCAAAGCAGCAGAACAAGAGAAGCGAAUCGAGCGCCUCGCCGAAGCUAAGAAGGACGCAGUCAACAACGAAAAGUCCAAUGAUGCAGGCGAUUCUGAGACUGGAAGUAAGAUUGUGGUUUUGAAAGUACGGUUCCCGCCCACAUCCUCAUCCACCCAACCCCAACCCCAUGGAACACCCCCUGACUCCAACCCUAUUCCUCCCAAUUACCAUGGCCAAACAUCUGACAAAAACAACAGGAGGGCUCGACCGAUAGAGCCCUCGGACAGAGUACUGCACUCCGCGCAGAGACCGUAG